AUGUAUCGAAUGUUUUGGAGGAUUUCAAAAGAGAAUUUAAAAGUUAUUGAAACUAAACGGUCAAAAGGACAUGCAGUAAGUGAUAAUUUAAGUUAUAAACGGCGACAAUUGGAUUCCUAUGCAUUGGUUGGUACAUUAAAAGCUGAAUUUAUGUGUUUUAAACAAAAUAAACGAAUUCCAUGGAAUAAAGUGGAAUUGAAAUUUCUUUACGAAUUGAAAUCAUUGAAUCAAAAUAAUUUAACAAAUUUUAUUGGAAUUUGUUACAAUGAUUUGGAUCGUUUUUAUGUAUUAUAUACAUUAAUCGAACGUGCAUCAUUGGAAGAUUUUAUUUAUGAUCAAAAAUUUAAUGUGGAUAAUACAUUUAAAUGUGCUUUUAUCAGAGAUAUUUUAAAGGGAUUACAAUAUUUGCAUAAAUCAUCGAUUGGUUAUCAUGGAAUGUUGUCAUUGAAAACUUGUAUGAUUGAUACAAAUUGGAUUCUUAAAUUAACAAAUUUUGGAAUUUCAAGUAUGCUAAAUGAAUUGAUUGAUCGGAAUUAUAUACAUAUUUCAGAAUUGAUUCCUGCACAUUUUUAUAUCACAGUUGCACCAGAAUUAUUAAUUGGUAUUCAAAUUGGAUGGAACUUUCCAAAAGGGACAAUUACUGGUGACAUUUAUAGCUUUGGAAUAAUGCUUUACUCAAUUAUUUUUCGGGUUAAACCAUUUGAUCGACUUUCACUGAAAGAGGUUCUUCAUAAUGUGGUUCAAAAAUCAUUGCGACCUCAUACUAAUAAUGAUAGCAGUGAUCCGUUAAUAAAAUUGAUGUGUCAAUGCUGGAAUUCAAUACCAGAAGAACGGCCAAAACUUGAAAUUAUUCGUGAAACUGUUGGAUCAAUUUUUUCAAAUUCAAAAGGUAAUUUGGUGGAUCAAAUGAUUAAAAUGAAUGAAAACUAUGCUCAAAAUCUUGAGAGGAUCGUCGCCGAACGAACUUCACUUCUUGUUGAAGCACAAGAACAAACUGAUCGCUUACUUUGCGAAAUGCUACCACCAUCCAUAGCAAUACAACUUAAAGAAGGCAAAGCAAUCAUUCCACGAAAUUAUGAAUCAGUUACAGUUGGAUUUUGUCAAAUUGUUGAUUUUAUGCAUCUGAUGGAGCAAUGCACACCUGCACAGGUGAUUUCAUUUUUGAAUGAAACAUUUAUGUGUUUCGAUGAAGUAAUCAAAUGUCAUGAUGCUUAUAAAGUUGAAACAACAGGUGAAACAUAUAUGAUGGCAUCAGGUGUACCAAAUGAAAAUGGUGGCCGACAUAUUUUUGAAAUUGCUGAAAUUGCACUUAAAAUACGCGAGAAAACUUUUUCCUAUAAAGCUAUUGAUGUACCAAAUUGGUUUCUUCGUGUUCGUAUUGGAUUUCAUUGUGGACCGAUAGCUGCUGGUGUUAUUGGUUUACGUUCACCAAGAUAUUGUUUAUUCGGUGAUACGGUAAAUUUUGCAUCACGAAUGCAAAGUAAUUGUGAACCAAAUCAAAUACAAGUAGCUGAAAGUACAGCAAAAAUUUUAAUGGAAAAUUCUAAAUAUAAACUUACAAAACGUGGAGUUGUGAACGUAAAGGGCAAAGGAGAUGUAAAUACGUAUUGGUUAAAUGAAUUUAUCCUAAAUGAACAACAAUCAGUUGAUGUAAUAAUGCCGAUUUGCAACAUACAUCAUCAAAACGCUAAACACUGA